UGAGAGAGGUGGACGCGUGGAGACUUUUACUCGUUUUAAUGAGUUUGAGACACUAAAAAUAGUCGGGAUAUUAAAAAUUCCGCUUCUGCAAUAUCUGAAAAACCGUGCGGAUAUCUGUCUGAACCAUGAGCUACCAAAUGGCUUCAAACCAAUCCAGACAAAUUUUACACGGAAACUAUCAAGAUCCUGGUGACCUGCCAAUUGGUUCCGUGAAGGAGCAGACCCUAAUGUGGCAGCAAAAUUCAUACAUGGGUGACUCCGGAAUUCACUCAGGGGCUGUCACACAAGCACCAUCUCUCUCUGGAAAAGAGGAUGAAGACAUGGAGGGAGAUAAGCUCAUGUUUGAUCGGAACCAAGGCUUCGCUCAAGGGUUCACCCAAGAUCAAGUUGAUGACAUGAAUUCACAAUUGAGUUAUACUCGUUCUCAGAGAGUGCGAGCUGCCAUGUUUCCAGAAACUCUGGAAGAAGGUAUCGAGUUUCCCUCGACACAGUACGAUCCAGCUCAACCGACAGCCGUUCAGAGAUUGGCAGAACCAAGUCAGAUGCUCAAGCAUGCCGUCGUGAAUCUCAUCAACUACCAAGACGAUGCAGAUCUCGCGACUCGAGCGAUUCCAGAAUUGAUUAAACUCCUGAACGACGAGGACCAGGUUGUCGUUUCACAGGCAGCAAUGAUGGUGCAUCAGCUCUCGAAGAAGGAAGCCUCGCGUCAUGCCAUCAUGAACAGUUCUCAGAUGAUUGCUGCAUUGGUACGCGCUAUUUCCAACAGCGACGACCUUGAAUCCACGAAAGCUGCUGUGGGCACUCUGCAUAAUUUGUCACAUCACAGACAAGGUCUCUUGGCCAUCUUCAAGAGCGGAGGUAUCCCAGCGCUUGUAAAGUUACUUAGCUCACCUAUGGAGUCUGUUCUCUUUUACGCCACCACAACUCUCCACAACCUUCUCCUUCACCAAGAGGGAUCUAAAAUGGCUGUCAGACUUGCCGGAGGUCUACAAAAGAUGGUCGCUCUUUUACAAAGAAACAAUGCUAAGUUCUUGGCUAUUGUGACAGACUGUCUUCAGAUUCUUGCAUACGGAAAUCAAGAGAGCAAGCUGAUCAUCCUCGCGUCUCAAGGACCUAUUGAAUUGGUCCGCAUCAUGCGCACCUACGAUUACGAGAAGUUGCUCUGGACUACUUCCAGAGUUCUAAAAGUUUUGUCCGUGUGCUCGAGCAACAAACCCGCAAUUGUCGAGGCUGGUGGAAUGCAAGCAUUUGCAAUGCAUCUUGGUAAUCCAAGUCAGAGACUAGUACAGAACUGUCUUUGGACGCUGAGGAAUUUAUCUGACGCCGGUACCAAAGUGGACGGUUUGGGAGCCCUGCUCCAAGGAUUGGUGCAAGUGCUUGGAUCCAGUGACGUGAAUGUCGUUACUUGCGCAGCUGGCAUUCUCUCGAAUCUCACUUGCAACAAUCAUCGCAAUAAGGAAACGGUAUGUCAAGUUGGAGGAGUCGACGCUCUCGUGCGUACAAUUGUAAAUGCAGGAGACAGAGAAGAAAUCACAGAACCAGCCGUAUGUGCCCUACGGCACUUGACGUCUCGUCAUCAAGAAGCAGAACUCGCACAGAAUGCUGCACGUUCAAAUUACGGUAUUCAAGUUAUCGUAAAACUUCUUCAGCCACCUUCCAGAUGGCCAUUGGUGAAGGCAGUAAUCGGAUUGAUUCGAAAUCUGGCUUUGUGCAAUGCAAAUCACGCACCUCUUCGCGAACACGGAGCGAUUCACCAUCUUAUCAGACUUCUCAUGCGAGCGUAUCAAGACACGCAGAGGCAACGGUCAUCCGUGGCGAGCGCUGGAAGUCAAGUACCCGGAGCCUACGCAGAUGGAGUUCGUAUGGAAGAAAUUGUUGAAGGUACCGUUGGGGCUCUUCACAUUCUUGCACGAGAAUUGCAUAACAGAAGUGUCAUCCGAUCUCAAAACGUCGUUCCAAUUUUCGUUCAGUUGUUGUUCAACGAGAUUGAAAACAUUCAACGUGUUGCGGCUGGCGUUCUGUGUGAAUUGGCAGCGGACAAGGAAGGGGCGGAAAUAAUCGAACAAGAAGGAGCAACUGCACCUUUAACAGAACUUCUGCAUUCAAGAAACGAAGGUGUUGCCACAUAUGCAGCAGCAGUUUUAUUCCGCAUGUCAGAAGACAAACCACAAGACUACAAGAAAAGACUUUCCAUGGAAUUAACCAAUUCUCUUUUCCGCGAAGACCCUAAUUUAUGGAACGGUGGUGACUUUGGAAUGGGUCCUGAUUUACAGGACAUUCUGGGGCCUGAUCAACCCUGCUAUGAUGGUAUGUAUGGACAAGGACCUCCUAGCGUCCACAGCAGCCAUGGAGGUCGAAUCUAUCAACAGCAAGCAGGUUAUGACCAGAUACCAGUAGAUUCAAUGCAAGGAUUGGGAAUAGGCGGGGGCUCGCCUUAUGGUCAAAUGGAAACCAUGGAUAUGGCCCAGGAUGGUGAUUUAAGUUUCGAUAACCUCGAAGAGCUUCCUGCACCGCCCCAAGAUAACAACCAGGUGGCCGCAUGGUACGACACGGAUCUCUAAGUUUAUUCUGCCGUCGCCCAGUGAAAGGAAAAAAAAACUAAUUGAGGCGAAUGAAAGUCUUUGAAUUUGUUUGAAUCUUGCUUUCUGAUUCGUCUAAAGAAAUUAAGACGCAUUGACAAAGAAAAGAAUUUUUCUGUCAGUGAGCAAAAAAUAUUAAGUUUCGCAAGAAAUUAAAAGCUGCGAAUCAAGAAAUGUUAUCUUAAACAAAUACAAAAUUAGUGGUCGUAGUUUAUGCAAAUUGUUCAGUGUGGCGAUGAAGUAAUUAAGAAAUCCAAUAGCUUUGAGUUCAAAAACAAAAAUAAAACCAACAAACAAUGAGAUCUGCUAGAAUGCUGAAUUAGAGGACACUUUAUUCAGAUAAUUUAUCCGAAAACGAGACACGAGUCAACUGAUUUCGGCGACGAUGAUGCACCAAAAAGUUCGAGUUUUCAAUAAAAUUCUAAAAGGGCUAGCAACCUUUAACCUAAGUAUAUAAAAGCGUUUGCAUUGGAAGAAAAAUACUGAAUGUAGCAAUAAUAUAAUGAUAAUAUUAACCAUUUAACUGGUUAAUGCAUUAUUUUUAAAUAGGCAUGUCCCAAGGCUGGUAUUAUGGCGAGGUUUGAGUGUAGAUGAAUUUGGACGGUGGGAAUUGAAUGCGUCGUUUUCGAGACUUGAACCAGCGAUCCCUCGUGUCGAGAGCGCCACCACUGAGUUAAAGAAAAAUUCGUUUUGUCCUCCAUUGUAACUGAUGUACAUAUAUAUAAAGAGUGACUUUAAUGGAGUAAAUGUACAUAUUGUAAGAUGUGAUAGAAAUAUAUUUUAGAUCCAUUUGUGACUGUAUACCUUUCUUUAUCAGCAGUGAGGUAGGGGUGGCAUUUGCUCUCUAAAGUAAAUAUGAUGUAUGAUUCUAAAAUUUGCGUGAAUUAAUUUACACCUCAAGAGGAUAUUACAACACAAUUUUUAAUCGAAAAAAAUUAUUCAAGGCUGUACCCAAUUAAAAUUAGUUUAUUUAUACUUACUAAUUUCAGUAUAAUAUUUGUGCUUGUUAGUUCGCACUGAAAUUAUUAAGUAAUCCACCAAUCAAGGUGUAAUUUGAGAUAAGUGACUUAUAAGGAGACAAGGGAUGGAUUUUGAUGCUUAUUAAAUCAUGCACUCAUAAUAAUGAAUAAUUAUUCGUCAAUUGUUCUCCUCUUUUAUUUAUGGUGAUAAUUUUAUAUUUCGUUUUAUUUUUGCGUGUGAAUUUUAUGAAUGUCUUUUUUGUAAACUCCAACAUAGCGCUUCGAUUUUUGCGAUCAUGUGUCCUUCAGAUUUAAAGUGAAUAUAUUUUAUUCAGCUUGUGGAUAUAAUAUACAUAUCUGAAUUUUACCCCUAAA